GGUAUCCCAUCAAACUCCAUACCAUCGAUGGUUUACGAUCAUCUUGGUGGUUUGGAACGGUCGGCCAUUCAAUAAUCUUUUCCAAAAAAAUAAAGAUAAUGAAGUCAGGAAAUUCCACUGGCGGGCGCCUGUAAAUUGUAAUACGGGCGGAUUACGGCGAUGUUCUUCAAAUCCAUGAUAAGAGAAAUAGUACUAAACGAGGAAUUUUGCACUUGGUGAGCAUUGAGAAGAUGAAAUCGUUGCUCGUAAGUCUCUUAUGUUUGGGCACGGCACUUGCCUCCUCCCAUAAUUUAGCGCGUUACAAAAGGAUCGCGAAUGGUCUCAACGCUCCGAAUGGCGAGUAUCCGUUUAUAGCCUCCUAUCAGCAUGUUCGGAACGGGCAUUUCUGUGCGUGUGUGAUUCUAAACAACGUGUGGCUUUUAACGGCCGCCCACUGCGUAAUUUUUGCGAAGCAAUAUCCACUAAAGGACCUACAAGUCGUGGCCGGCGUCACAAACUUGUACAGCAGUUCCGAUACCAAGCAAAUCAGGAAAGUUGUAAGACACUAUAAUCAUACACGGUUCAGAGGUGGCAUCGAUCCUUACGAUAUAGGACUGAUAAGGGUCGAAUAUCCUUUUAACAGAUCCACUACCCUGAAUUCGAUCAGAUUGCCGAGGCCUGGUCAAGAAUUCUACGGUGUAGUCGAAAUAAUCGGAUGGGGUUACAGAAGAUCUACCUACCCGGCCAUUACCGCGGAUUUGCAAAUGGCCCAAACCAGCAUUAUAAAUACCUAUAGCUGCAAUGCAAUAGUGAACCGUUAUGGCGCACGAGUGGAUAGCACCCAGAUUUGCGUUGUCGGGUAUAGGUUAAAGAACGAAACCACUUGCGAAGGUGACAGUGGAGGUCCAUUAAUAGCCUAUCUGCAGGAUGUGCCGUAUUGCAUAGGGAUAAUGUCGUGGGAUUUAAGUCCGUGCGGAAGGCUCGGGAUCCCAUCCGUUGCCACUAAAGUGUCUAGGUUUAUCAGAUGGAUUUCGUGCCGAAUUUUUUAUGACAGGAUCAAUCCAAAAGCCGUUUGUUAAUUCUUUAUUUUUCUGGGUGGGGAAUGGUAGUUCAUAAUAAGUACAUUGAUACAAUUGAGCACUCAUUUAUCUUCCGGAGGAAGGAUACGCUUGGUCCCUAAGCAACAUUUAGACCAGAUUGUUCUUAGUUCAACCUGUUUUUGUUAAUCAAUGUAAUUUCGACCGAGAGGAAUUAACUUUAAUUAAUUGUAAAAUAGCAGGAAGUGCUUGCCGCUGUUAGGUAAUGCUUCUCUACUGACAAAGACAAACUAUCAGCAGGCUGGAGUAGGAGGCGAAAAGCUUUUUAUACAUGACUCAUCCAAAAACGCAAAGUUUUUUUGCAGUUUAAAAUUCUAGCAAUGUCAAGAUGUUAUUAAUUUAAUGUCGUUAAAGAAAAGUUGCAACUUACAUGAUAACAAUUCUUGGUUUAGGCCCCAUGCCAAAUCUAAGUAGUUUUUACCCAAAAUCGUCAAGCAACCUUCAUUUUAAUGCCUUUAAUGACUUUAUGUCAGAAAAGUUUGCCAUGGCAGAGGUAGACAAGAUUGCUUUUCCUGCCCCCUGUCACUUUACCGAACGCACCUGUCACAAUGCUAAAUGUUUGUAAUGACUCCUGU